GUAGCUAACUUCACACAGGUGAGUUACAUUCAAUUCCUGCUGCGAGUCACAGGCACGCCUUUACAACUCUGGGCUACUUGUUUUCUGUAUGAGAAGUAGUGCUGCAGCAGGAUGCCAGGCAAGGCAGCAGACGCGUUCCAACCUGGGGACUUGGUCUUCGCCAAGAUGAGGGGCUUCCCCCAUUGGCCGGCCAGGAUCGCCCGGGGCGAGAGCUCUAAGAAGAAGGUUCCAGUGUUUUUCUUUGGAACUCACCAGACAGCAUCCAUACCCACUGAAAAUAUAGUGACCUACGUAGGGAACAAGGGCAGAUAUGGGAAAGGAGUGCGCAUCAGAGGUUUCACAGAGGGAAUGUGGGAGAUAGAGAACACUCCUAGAGUAUGCAGCAAACAGAAGGUGGGUGUUACCCCAGCUAAAAAAGAGCAAGCAGAAAAAAAGCCAGACCCGUCCAAGACAUCUGCACCGGUCAAAGCCCCAAUAAAGGCCCCUAAAACACAAGCGAAGACUAUCAAGACAGUGGCAGUGACGGCACCGGGAAACAAGGCGUUACCGGGAAACAAGGCGUUACCGGGAAACAGAAAAACAUCUGCCGACGGCCGACAGAGGACCGACACAAGAGCUGAGAAAAGGAAAAAGAUCGGAAUGUAUUCUUCCCGGGACGAGCCUGUCCAAGGGCAGAAGACAGCCCCGGCCAGUUCAGCUGUAAUCCCACCAGCCAGCAAGAAGACGAGAUUGACGGAGGAGAAAAGCUCGUCCACUCCAAAGAGCGAGAAGACCACAGAAGAGAGAAAGAAACAGGAGAGAAGAGGGAGGAAGAGGAAAAAGGAUGAUGAGGGAGAGAAGAUAACAGAAGAGAGAAAGAAACAGGAGAGAAGAGGGAGGAAGAGGAAAAAGGAUGAUGAGGGAGAGAAGAUGAAGGAAGUUGGUGUUGAAGAGGGAAAGAUUGAAGUCAGUAAGAUGAGGAAGACGAGGAAGGUGGAAAGUUUAGAAACAGACAAACAAGUAAUCCACAAGGAAGAGGUUAAGAAGGGGGACGAGGAGGAGGAGGCUGGGGUAGCAGUGAAGGGGAACGAAGAGGAGGAGGCUGGGUUAGCAGUGAAGGGGAACGAAGAGGAGGAGGCUGGGGUAGCAGUGAAGGAGGCUGGGGUAGCAGUGAAGGGGAACGAAGAGGGUGGGGUAGCAGUGAAGGGGAACGAAGAGGGUGGGGUAGCAGUGAAGGGGAACGAAGAGGGUGGGGUAGCAGUGAAGGGGAACGAAGAGGGUGGGGUAGCAGUGAAGGGGAACGAAGAGGGUGGGGUAGCAGUGAAGGGGAACGAAGAGGGUGGGGUAGCAGUGAAGGGGAACGAAGAGGGUGGGGUAGCAGUGAAGGGGAACGAAGAGGGUGGGGUAGCAGUGAAGGGGAACGAAGAGGGUGGGGUAGCAGUGAAGGGGAACGAAGAGGGUGGGGUAGCAGUGAAGGGGAACGAAGAGGGUGGGGUAGCAGUGAAGGGGAACGAAGAGGGUGGGGUAGCAGUGAAGGGGAACGAAGAGGGUGGGGUAGCAGUGAAGGGGAACGAAGAGGGUGGGUUAGCAGUGAAGGGGAACGAAGAGGAGGAUGCUGGGGUAGCAGUGAAGGGGAACGAAGAGGAGGAUGCUGGGGUAGCAGUGAAGGGGAACGAAGAGGAGGAUGCUGGGGUAGCAGUGAAGGGGAACGAAGAGGAGGAUGCUGGGGUAGCAGUGAAGGGGAACGAAGAGGAGGAUGCUGGGGUAGCAGUGAAGGGGAACGAAGAGGAGGAGGCUGGGGUAGCAGUGAAGGGGAACGAAGAGGAGCAGACUGGGGUAGCAGUGAAAGGGCACGAAGUGAAGGAAACCGAUACUGUCACAGAGAUCAGUCCUGGUCAGGAUGAAGAGCGUCGGCGGCGUCUGGCGGCCAGGAGAGAGAGUGUCCUGAAGUCUCUACAAGGACUUCUCACUAGAAGGAAGGGCCUGAGAAGACACAGCCUUAAACCUACACGGACACCGAAAAAUGGAGCUGAAGAGAAGAAGAGUAGAAAGACAGGCGGGCAGAAAAGGGACAGAAAAACAGCGAGUAAGACAGCAGGCGGCAAGACAGCAGGCGGCAAGACAGCAGGCGGCAAGACAGCAGGCGGCAAGACCGCAGGCGGCAAGACAGCAGGCGGCAAGACAGCAGGCGGAAAGGCAACGGACAGGAAGAAAACAGAUGAGAAGGUGGAAAGGACGAAAACGGAAGAACAAAAGAUGGAGAAGAAAGUGGAGAGCAAGAAAUCAGCGGAGGCUAAGAAGUCCGACUCGACCCGGGCGGAGGCUAAGAAGUCCGACUCGACCCGGGCGGAGGCUAAGAAGUCCGACUCGACCCGGGCGGAGGCUAAGAAGUCCGACUCGACCCGGGCGGAGGCUAAGAAGUCCGACUCGACCCGGGCGGAGGCUAAGAAUCCGACUCGACCCGGGCGGACCCGGGCGGAGGCUAAGAAGUCCGACUCGACCCGGGCGGAGGCUAAGAAGUCCGACUCGACCCGGGCGGAGGCUAAGAAGUCCGACUCGACCCGGGCGGAGGCUAAGAAGUCCGACUCGACCCGGGCGGAGGCUAAGAAGUCCGACUCGACCCGGGCGGAGGCUAAGAAGUCCGACUCGACCCGGGCGGAGGCUAAGAAGUCCGACUCGACCCGGGCGGAGGCUAAGAAGUCCGACUCGACCCGGGCGGAGGCUAAGAAGUCCGACUCGACCCGGGCGGAGGCUAAGAAGUCCGACUCGACCCGGGCGGAGGCUAAGAAGUCCGACUCGACCCGGGCGGAGGCUAAGAAGUCCGACUCGAGCCGGGCGGAGGCUAAGAAGUCCGACUCGACCCGGGCGGAGGCUAAGAAGUCCGACUCGAGCCGGGCGGAGGCUAAGAAGUCCGACUCGAGCCGGGCGGAGGCUAAGAAGUCCGACUCGAGCCGGGCGGAGGCUAAGAAGUCCGACUCGAGCCGGGCGGAGGCUAAGAAGUCCGACUCGAGCCGGGCGGAGGCUAAGAAGUCCGACUCGAGCCGGGCGGAGGCUAAGAAGUCCGACUCGAGCCGGGCGGAGGCUAAGAAGUCCGACUCGAGCCGGGCGGAGGCUACGAAGUCCGAAGUCAAGAAACUGGAGACAGAAAAGGUAGAGAGACUACAGGAGGAGGAGCCUAAAUCACCUCAGAGAGGUGUACCAGGGGACAGCCAGAUAACAGACAGCGUGUCCAAGCUACAUGCCACUAAAGAAUCUUUCAGUCUAACGGACUCUACCCUGCACCGUAUACACGGAGACAUACGCAUCUCUCUGAAGACGGACAACCCUGAUAUUAGUAAGUGUCUGACAGCGCUGGACCAACUCAGUAUGGUCUAUGUAACAUCACAACACGUCCAGAGACACAGUGAACUCAUCACUACGCUCAGAAAGAUGCGUCGUUUCCGCAGUAACCAGGACGUGAUGGACAAGGCAUCGAUGCUCUACAACCGCUUCAAGAACGCAUUCCUAUUGGUUAACGACAAGGAUAACGUCAUCAGCCCCGAGUUCCUCCGCUCGCUCCUGGAGGAGAAAGAGAGGGAAGAGGAGGAGAGGGUGGAGAGAUGGAGGGAGAAACAGAAGAGGAGAGGAGAGGUGCUGCAGGAGGUUCGCAGGAGAAUGAGUCAACUGGAGGAGAGGAGGGGAGGAGAGAAGGGGGUCGUGACUGAGAAGAAGGAAGAGGAGGUGCCAGAGGAGGGAAGAGGAGGUGCCAGAGGAGGUGCCAGAGGAGGUGCCAGAGGAGGUGCCAGAGGGUGGGAGCGCCGAACUCCAAUAGCCUCAUCCUGAGCUCCACUGUGAGAAACGGAGCAGGGUGAAGUUGCCCCUAGACUCUUGGUGCAGGUUACAAUUUUCGACCACCAAUGGUUGAAGGUUAGUAUUUGGGGAGGUAAACUGAUUCUAGAUCUGCACCUGGGGGGGGGGGGGGG